GUGUGUUUAGGGUGGGACUGAAGGAGGCAGCGACUUUCACCCCUCCAACAUCACACACACACACACAAACACACUGACAGCAGCGCGCGACUGGAGAUUAUGUGCGCGUGAGCCGAGCAAAGUUUCCGAAGCCUUUCAUCUGUUGGAUUACAGGAAGACAUACGGAGGCUAAAAACAUUUGAGCAGAUUUACACCAUGGAGCUCAAGAUGAGUAAAUCGACUCUCACUGCUGUCUUUAUCGCAUUUCUGCUGACUUCCAGUGGAGCAAAGCCAAAUGGAAAGAACAAAAAGCAUAAACAAGUCGUUCCAGCAAUUGAGUGUGAGAUGCGGUCUGGGAAGAUCAAUCUCCCAGAGUUUAUCGUGAAGUGUCCGGCUAACUGCAGGGAGAGCAAGGAGAAGGUCUACGGGACGGGUGUGUUUGCCUCAAUAUCCAGUAUCUGCAAUGCUGCUAUUCACAGUGGAGUCAUCAGUAACUCUGGAGGAAAGGUAAUAGUGACGAAGAGUGCCGGACAGCCCAUCUACAAGGGCAGCUUUGCCAACGGCAUCCGAUCCCUGUCCUUACCCAACUGGAGGGAAUCCUUCUCUGUCUCGGUGGGUAAACCAAAGAAGGGAGUGAUGUAUCCAUCCACUCUGACCUUUGUACACUCAAGACCCACCAUAGUGAAAACAAGUGAAUCCAAAGACCUGCCGUACUUCCCAGUGUCACCAGUGACUGAGGCUCCAGAGGCGGAGCCAAGCUCCACCACAGCCCCGCCCACAACCACUCCUGUGACCACGCCCACCUCCACAACUCCGCCCACAACCACAUCAGCCAAGCCACGGGCCACCGUUCAUAAAAUCCGCGAGGCGGGCAGCAGUCACCCGUAUUUCAGCGCUGUUGCACGACAAUCACACACCCAAGGAAAGGGUCCCGCGCAAGCAUUUAGAGGCAGCUCCGUCUAUGCCAAUAGGUUUUUACCACGCACCAACACAGGUGUGCACCGGCCGGAGAUGAGCUCCACCAUCCGGAGACAGCCGCACGUUCCCUCAGCUCCAGCUUUGAGUCGGGUGCAGCCGCAGUCUGAGAGAAAGCAGCACACGCCGCAGUCCAAUCCCACGUUGGUACGCCGUGAUUGGACGCACCCUGCGUACGCACGCCCUGAUUGGUUCUCUGGCACCAGACGGCCAACAGAUCAUAGCCCCUCAGUGCCGAACACAGGCCAUCACUGGAGCAGGACGACCCCUGCCGACCCCGCAGCGCUCGACCCGGCCUACCCCGAGCACCAGCACCCAUAUCACUUUGGACUCUUCUCUCCUGAGCCAGAAGACCACAAGCCUCCGCCUGAGACGGGCCACAGCAGAGAGGCGCUGGUGGAGUCAAACCCAUUCGACUCAGGAUUCUCCGCUCGAGGACACGAGUCAUCAGCCAGAGCUCCUGACCUCAGCGGCCGGACUCGCGGAGACCCAAGUUGUAAAGUGGAUAUUGCGUUCCUCAUGGAUGGCAGCUGGAGUAUUGGGAAACGGCGAUUCAAGAUUCAGAAAGACUUUCUCGUGGAGGUUUCCCAGGCUCUCAAUGUGGGCGUGGACGGAGCCAUGAUGGGCAUCAUCCAAUAUGGGGAUGAUGCGGUCACAGAAUUCAGCCUGAAACAGUACUCCAGCUCCAGCGACGUGAAGCCGGCCAUCAGCAAGAUCAACCAGAAGGGCGGCCUGUCACAUGUAGGGAAGGCCCUCUCCUACAUCAACAAGCACUUCUUCAGCGACGCCAAUGGGAACCGGGGCGGGGCGCCCAACGUGGCGGUGGUGCUGGUGGACGGCUGGCCCACGGACCGGGUGGAGGAGGCGUCGCGGCUCGCCCGAGAGUCCGGCAUCAACAUCUUCUUCGUCACCAUCGAGGGCCCAGAUGACAAUGAGAAACAGAACGUGGUGGAGCCCAACUUUGUUGACAAGGCUGUGUGCAGAACCAACGGCUUCUACUCGCUCCCGAUCGCGAGCUGGUUCGCUCUGCGUAAAGCUGUUCAGCCUCUGGUGAAGCGUGUGUGUGACACCGACCGCCUGAUGUGCAGCAAGACCUGUCUGAACGCCAACGACAUCGCCUUCGUCAUCGACGGCUCCAGCAGCGUGGGAACCGGGAACUUCCGCACCGUGCUCCAGUUCGUCGCCAACGUGACACGGGAGUUCGAGAUCUCCGACACGGACACGCGCGUAGGAAUCGUACAGUACACGUAUGAGCAGAGGCUGGAGUUCGCUUUCGGACAGCACAACAACAAAGCCGACUUGCUGAACGCCAUCAAGCGCAUCAACUACUGGAGCGGAGGAACCAGUACGGGAGCCGCCAUCACGUACGCCGCGGACCAGCUCUUCAGCAAAUCCAAACCCAACAAGCGUAAGAUCAUGAUCGUCAUCACGGACGGACGCUCCUACGAUGACGUGAGGGCCCCGGCGCUGGCGGUACAUCGGAAAGGUGUGAUCGCGUACUCCAUCGGGAUCGCCUGGGCAGCACAGGACGAGCUGGAAUACAUCGCCACUGACCCGGACAGAGAGCACUCUUUCUUUGUCGAUGAGUUCGACAACCUCUACAAGUAUGUAUCAAAAAUUAUUCACAACAUCUGCAACGAAUUCAACUCCCAACCACGUAACUGAACCAUUGAGGAAUAUCACCAGAAAUCCAAGGAGCAAGUGCAUUACCACACAGUUCCAGUACCAGUGUUACUGGCUUAGUGCUGUUAGAAGCGGGCAGCAUGUUUUGAUAGUUUGCUAUUUACACAAAAUACAGAGUGGAAAUGGUCAUUUAACAAUGGCAGUGAAUGUGUGUUCAGUGACUUUGGAUCACUGUGUGACGGACUUGAAUUGGUAUGAGAGAAAACACAUGCUUACAGUAUUUGCAUAGAUUGUUUCAUUUAAAGAUUAUUUAUAUUUUACUUGCUAAACACAAUAAUAUGAAAAAUGACAUAAUAUCUUUUUUCAAAAGAACUGUCUGCAUAAGAUAGAAGUGCCAAGCAAAGAAAAUGUUUGUUUAUUGUAAAUGAAAAAUCUUUUUAAAUGAUGUGCUAAACCAAUGGGAUUUGGCAGAUGUUCAGAAGACAGGAUUGUUAAUGCAUGCAUGAACUGACUGAUGUUACUGUAAUGUACAAGAUAUUUGUCGAGGCACAAAGGUGACCAGUAUUGGAGUAUUAUGACUGUUGUUAAAGGAAGUUACAGAAAAUACAAGAAGAAAGGCAACAUUCAGAAAGCUCUUAUCCAUUCGAACAGAUGUUCAUCAUAGACCUAAAAAGUUUUUUACUUGUCAUUUUAAAUUCAUAUAUUGUAAUUUUUGUAUUUGUAUAUAAAAAUGCUUGUAUUUUUGUUUAAGAUGACACAAUUUAUCCAAUAUUUUAAUGAAAUUUUUAAUAAAAUGAUUAUUGAAACCCA